AUGACCUUAGAAGCUGUGGUUUUUCCACAGAGAACAUUCACCUACGGUUGCAAAGAUUACUUAUAUUCAUUAGUUGAAACCGUUGCAAGAAGUGAAGAAUCUUGCAACAACAACUACAGUUUCCAAACAGAAGAAGAACAAGAUCUUUAUGGAAUUAUCAAGAAGAAUUUUGAUUCUUCUUCUCCUUCCGUGGUGCAAAAUGGUAAGAAUCAAUGGGAUUCAAACUCUUCCCCUGAAACUUCCAAUCUUCCUCCUAGUUUCAUUGUCGAAGAAGGUGCUGCCGUACCGGUGAGUCGCAGGCGUAAACGACGCCACACUGCGAUUGCCAAAAACGAGGAGGAAAUCGAGACCCAGAGAAUGACUCAUAUUGCAGUUGAACGUAAUAGAAGGAAACAGAUGAACGAAUACCUUGCUGUGCUCAGAUCCUUGAUGCCUCGUUCUUACGCAAAAAGGGGUGAUCAAGCAUCAAUAGUUGGAGGAGCAAUCAACUUCUUAAAGGAGCUAGAGCACAUUAUCCAAUCCAUGAAAGGACAAAAGAAAACAAAAGCACAACAAGCACAUGAAAAUGUAUUCAGUAAUAGCUCAUCAUCAUCACCCUUUGCUGAUUUCUUCAUGUUCCCUCAAUACUCCACAUGUGCACCUCAGACCAACACGUGCUACCCUGCUAACCCUAGUCAGUCACGUGCCAUGGCAGACAUUGAAGUGACUCUGGUUGAUAGCCAUGCCAAUAUAAAGAUACUGUUGAAGAAACAACAUGGACAGAUUAUGAAGAUGGUUGUUGGGAUUCAAAACCUUGGCCUCAAUAUUCUCCACCUAAAUGUUUCUACUAUGGAUCAUUUGGUUCUUGUCUCGGUUAGUGUCAAGGUAGAGGAAGGGUGUGAACUGAACACAGUGGAUGAAAUUGCAGCUGCUGUGAAUCAACUAUCACUCAGAAUCCAGGCGGAAGCUGUAUUAUAA